AUGUUCUCUUCUCUCGCUAUUACAGCCCCAUUGUUGCUGGCUGGCUUACAGGCUGUUUCUGUGGACGCCAUCCAGACCAUCUCUGCCGUUGGUGCCAAGUUCUUUUACGAGAAUGGAACUCAGUACUACAUUAAAGGUGUCGCCUAUCAGCUCACCCCCGAUGAUCCGUUGACCGAUGAGGCCCAAUGCAAGCGCGACAUCGUCCGUAUGUCCGAGUUGGGCGCCAACGCGAUCCGGGUGUACCACGUGGAUGCCAGCGGGGACCACCAGGGCUGCAUGGAUGCUUUUGCGGACGCCGGAAUCUAUUUGUUCGUUGAUCUGGAUACUUUCACCACCGCUAUCGACCAGACCGCCCCUCACUGGAAUGAAACCCAGUACAAGCGAUUCGGCGAGGUGCUCGAUGAGUUCCAGCAAUACAACAACACCGCCGGUGUGUUCGUCGGAAAUGAAGUCUUGGACACCGCAGAGGGCUCAAUUGCCGCUCCUUAUGUCUUGGCUGCUGCCCGUGAUAUGAAGGCCUACCGUGAUGAGAAGGGCUACCGGGAGAUCCCGGUUGGCUACUCCGCCGCUGACAUUGCGUCGCUUCGUCCUAUGCUUCAGAACUACAUGGCUUGCAUGCCCAAGGCUGCCGACCGCCUUGACUUUUACUCCCUGAACGCUUAUGAGUGGUGUGGUGAGUCCAGCUACACCGUAUCGGGAUACGAUGAGCUGCAGAAGAACGCUACUGGCUACCCCAUCCCCAUCUUUUUCUCCGAGACCGGUUGCAACACCCCAGCCCCUCGUACCUUUGACGACCAAGCCGCUAUUCUUGGCGAUGACAUGGAUGGCACCUGGUCUGGCGCUAUCAUUUACGAGUGGAUCGAGGAAACCAACGACUAUGGUCUGAUCAGCUAUGGUGCCUAUGUCACCAAUGCCGCCGCCACCAACACUCUCGUUGAGGAUGGCUACACUCGCCAGGGUACUCCUACUCCCGUGUCGCCCGAUUUCUCUAACCUGUUGUCUCAAUGGGCUACCUUGAACCCGACCGGUGUUGCUCUCUCGGCUUACACAGCGGAAACUUCAACCAUCACCGCUCGUACCUGCCCUAGCUCCACUGCAGACGGUUGGGCUGUUGACCCCAGCUCAUCUCUGCCCACUCUGGGUCAGACCUACAGCAAGGAUUCUGCUGAUUCCACCGGUACUGGUACUUCCGGCAGUAACAGCACUGCUACCUCCUCUGGCUCCACCUCUACCUCUACCAAGAGUGCGGCCAACUCCGUCAUGGUUGCUGGCAACCUUGCUACCGAGCGAUUGUUUGCUAUUUCUAUGCUCCUUUCUGGUGCUGUUGGUUUGGCCGCCUUCUGGCUUUGA